UUGGGAGUCACAACGUGUUUAACAACACAGCUCAAAUUUCUUCGUCUAUCGCUAUUAAAAGUGAUGCUUCCCGGUGCUGCGGUGUAUUAUUUUCCGUGGGAAUUCAAGCCUGGAGCUUUGCCGGACGGAGCAUCGGUGCGAACAUUUGGCAGACUUGCCUGCUAUGAACCGGAAAAGUCCCAGGCAUCACUAACAUCUCAACAUGCUUCCAAGGAGCACAAGGUCAUCAUCAACACAUUGUUUGUUGAACCAUUUAAUCCCAUAAUAGGGGCCCAGUAUAUGGUUCUGGGUGAAAUAGAAACAACCGAAGAGGUGGGCAUGCGUGUCUGUGCGCGUGUGCUCAACUGUGUGGAUGGUGUGAACAUUGCCCUUCUUCAAAAAGCCAUAAACGAGCAGAGGAGCUUCUUCAAGGAAAGGCACAGCCAACCGGAGGAUGUUGCAAUGCAAAAUGCAGAUGCAACUUGAUCUUGGACUUCAUUGUAGAUUGCUGACAUUUUGAAUGUUUACGUCAAUCAAUCACUAUUCGAAGUAGUCUUGUUCGGUUGAUGAACUGAUGGAUUUUCUGGAUUCGCUGCCACUCCAGGUUUCUUACAUUUCAAGCUCAGGGUAUACAAUAUCUUCAUUAGAGCCUAAAACGUUUACGAUUCUUAACUAUUUUCCGUUAAAGCAUGGUAAAGCAAUAAUGUGGUCAUCAUGCCAUGCACUUAUUAAUAAUAUGUGAGGCAACUUAAAUAAAGGCUUGAGA